UUCAAACCUCACCGAUAUGUCCAAGACGAAGCUGACGUACUUUGGGGUGACGGGCCGAGCCGAGCCAAUUCGCUACAUGCUCGCCUACGCGGGGGUUGAUUUUGAAGAUGUUACAGUUCAUAGAGCGGAUUUGCUCAAGAUUAAGCACGACUUGCCUUUGGGCGAGGUGCCUGUUUUGGAGUUUGAGGGCAAAACUCUUUACCAAUCACAGGCCAUUUAUCGCUUCUUGGCGAAGCGUUUCAAUCUGGAAGGAAAUGACGAGUGGGACGCUUAUUGGUGUGAUGUUGCCGUCCAAACAAUUGUGGACGUCGGUUUAGCUUUUCGUCGCGACAGAGGUUGGGAGAAAACGGAAAAAGAGAAAAGUGAAACUGGGGCGAUUGCCGAACACGCAUCCGCUUUGGCUAAAGCUGCUUAUUUCGUUGACAAACUGGAAAGCCAAUUGGAAAAAAAUGAUGGACACUUUCUCAAAGGAAAACUUUCCUAUGCCGAUUUUUAUUUGGCGGGGUCCAUAAGUAUUUUGAACUUCCAAGCUGGCGAAAACAUUUUUGCCAACAAGCCCAGGCUGAAUGCUCUGAAGGAAAAAAUCGAAAACCUUCCUGCUAUCAGAGCAUACUUGGAAAAACGUCCUGCUGUGAAAUAUUAACUUUCUAAUAAAUAAAAAUAAGGAGGCCAAUAAUUUAAAAUUUGUGCACAAACACAGGUCUUGUCAUUAAUAAAUUAAAUAAAUUGCUAAAUUAAAAAUAUAAAUACAAUUGCGAUAUUUAUAUUGAAGUUUAUUUUGAUGAAAAUAUAUUGUCUUAACGCUGAAUUACUCAUAGAAUAUUAUGAAGCGAUCUAAGAAUUACAUGAAAUGUGAUGCAUUAUAUAAUAAUAAUGUUUCUAGGUAUUUGUUUGUUUCUCUGUUGGUUUUUAAAUGCAAAAAAAAAAAAAAACUGGGAAAUCUUAGUCUGUUA